AUGUCAGGUAUUCCGGAAGAAAACACGAGUCCUUCAGGGGGCAUUCCAACGUUCACCACCUCGACUGGACCGUCUGUCACAAACUCAGCCUAUAUCAAUGCAAUCUUAAGACAUCACAAUAUCCACCGCACGAAUCACUCAGCCAAUGCAUUAACUUGGUCGCCAGCCUUGGCGGAUAUCGCACGAGAGAUUGCACAGACUUGUGUCUAUGGACAUGUCACGAGUGUUGGCGGUGGUGGUUAUGGACAAAACAUCGGUGCAGGUUACACGGCGGAUCCCUUCUCGAUGGGCAAAUUCAUCACCGAAGGGCUCUACAACAGCGAAGUGAACCUGUACACUGCCUAUGGCAGCGAGCCAAACAUUGCCGACUUCACAUUGUGGGGUCACUUCACUCAGGUGGUUUGGGAAAGUACCGACAGCGUUGGAUGCUACACGGCAGAUUGCACCAGCAAUGGCCUUGCCAAUGCCCCGGGCAUUUCACCUUUCUUUACGGUUUGCAAUUAUGCUCCGCCAGGUAAUUAUGCUGGCUUCUUCGACGUCAAUAUUGGAAGCUCCAUAGGAUUGGGCACCGUGUAUGCUGAUUAUUAA